UCUUCCUUCGUAUAUAAAGUUGGUUCGUGAAGGAGUGUGAACAUUUUCUCUGGUGAAGCAACUGCAGAAUUUCCUUCUGCAUUGGAAACAGCAAGAGGGGGAAUCUUAGAAGAUGCUAUGGGCCUGGGGUAAACUGUAAUGACAAUUGCUCUAAUACUUGCUAGGCCGGGCAAGGGUAUCCCUGAUAAUCAAGAACUUGCUGAGGACAUGCCUAUUACUUAGCAUUCUAGGAACAGAAGGAUUAAAGGUGGCACUCUCAUUGUUUGUCCUAUGGCAUUACUUGGUCAAUGGAGGGAUGAACUUGAAGCCCAUUCAAAGCCAGAUAGCAUUUCUGUUUUUGUUCAUUAUGGUGGGGAAAGAAGUAAUGACCCUAGAGUGAUAGUAGAAACAGAUGUGGUCUUGACAACCUAUGGUCUUCUAACUGCUGCAUAUAAGGCUGAUGCGGAGAGUAGCAUAUUCCAUGAAGUUGAUUGGCAUCGAAUUGUACUGGAUGAAGCACUCACCAUAAAAUCCUGGAGAACUGUGAGUGCUAGGGCUGCAUUCACAUUGUCUGCACAUUGCAGGUGGUGUCUCACUGGUAUUCCACUUCAGAAUAAUUUGCAAGAUCUUUACAGCCUUCUGUGUUUCUUGCAUGUUGAGCCAUGGUGCAAUUGGGCAUGGUGGAAUAAGUUAAUACAGAGACCUUAUGAGAAUGGUGAUCAGAGAGCAUUGAAACUGAUCAAGGCAAUUCUUAGGCCAUUAAUGCUUAGGAGAACAAAGGAAACAAAGGACAAGGAAGGGAGGUAGUGUUCUUCACAACUUUGCAAACAU